AUGGAGCACGUUGCGCACGGCGACAUUGACCGCGCUGCCUUGGCCUUCGUACCAGCAGUGGUGCUGGGUCACCCACGCACCAUACAUGCUCGAGAACGCAAUGCCAAACAAAACUUCUCCACACGAAAUGAGUCCGUACACGAUUGCGAUCAACGCCAUCGUGGAUUGCACCGGCUGACGUUCGCCUGGCGACAGCAUGUGCAUCCGACGCGUAAACACUCCACACACGAGGCUCGUGAACGCUUGGAUCAGGAGGUGGGUCACUUGGAUGUUCAUGUCGGUGGAGUGCGUCACCGCCAUCUUGGAGCUUGGCCACCACACGACGGACCCGAUGCUGACCAACGCGCCCGUGAUGAGCGCCACGUUGAACAGUGUGUACGUGAUCAAAACGUCGUGCGGCGUGAGCGCGUCAAUUUUGAGAUCUGUCGUGGACACGAUCGACAACCGUUUGAUUUUGAACCGGCUGAGCGACCCCACGCGUUGGGCAAAUAA